UGCGGUCUCCAUAUGAUACCUUUCGCCGAGCCCAGUGGGACAGAGAAGCAAUAACGUGGCCGCCCUAUUCAUGGUUUCGACACGCCAAGUAUCUCUGGCUAUUGCUCAUUCUCAUGCUACCGUUCGUCUUCUUCUGGGCGCAUGCUUGGCCGUUGAAUGGGGGCGCCCUAGAUUGUCCUCUUCGGAUCGCACUGGCUGGUAUCCCGCCCGCCUCCAAUGCUCUGUCAGGGGGAAAUAACGACUCGAUUACACAUACCAGUGCAACCUGGGCAAGGACGAUAACUCCAUCUGAUCUCAUGGCAAUGCUUGAAGCUGAGGAGCAUCCAGAGCUUCAAGGAAGCAAGAUCAUCCAUCAAAGUUGGAAGAAUAACAAUCUUCCGGAGGACUUCGAACUCUGGAGUUACGAAUGGAGACGAUUGCACCCGAGUUCAGAGGGCUGGUUAUACGUUCUUUGGACCGACUUCGACAACCGAGAACUGAUGCGACGUUUCUAUCCCCAUUAUCUCUCAGCCUACGAUGCGCUGCCUCGCGAGAUUUAUCGCGCCGAUAUGGUCCGCAAUGCGUACAUGCACGCGUUCGGCGGGGUGUAUGCAGAUUUGGAUAUGCUACCUCUAAGGUCCACCUCGGAUAACAUGCCAGCUAUAUUCCCCCAUUCGCCGUCCACGGCCAAUUCAAGUACGAGUCCGGCGGACUCUCCUUUUCGAAUGGCAUACCUAGGCCGCAUGGGCCGCGAGAGCUUCGAGCAUUCCAUACCAAACGCGUGGAUGGUGUCCAGUGCUCCGGGACACCCGUUCUGGCUAAGACCCCUGGAUGCCGUGCUGCAAUACCUCCGGGAUGCAGACUCGACGCAUCUCAGUGUCGAAAACGAGAAGACGAUCGGGAUCGAGGUGGGCCCUGAGGCCGUGACGGGGCCCGUGGUGCUUCGAAAGGCUAUACUGGAGUGGGAGGAUGAACGGGAGAGUAGGGAAGCGAACGUGCGUCUGCUCACCACACCAUUCGACGUUCAACCGAGAGCGAUGCAAUACUGGGCGGCCUCUUGGAAGACUUUCCAGUAA